AUGCACGGGGGUGAUGCGCCCGCCAGUGCUUACAUGGUACUGGUAGGGCUCUUGCAAGUCGCAUGCCUUGGUCGAGGUCUUUUCUUGGCGCUCACGCACUGGCGGCAAGUGGGCAGGGUGAUUCAGAAGACCAUCACUGAACUGCAUUGUUGCGCAUGUUGCGCUAGCCGGUUUGACCUGGAAGAGAAGUCCUAUAUGAUGGAGACAAAGGCUACCGAACUGCGACUGCGCGCGGCCCACAUUUACGUGCACUUACUUCUGCUUGUGAGUGGCCCAGCCAUUGCUUGGACGAUCUGGGUCCCAUGGCACGGUCAGACCAUGGUGACAGAUGCGCAGCGCUGGGCCACCUUGACUUUUUUCGGAGCUUCAACUGUGCAUUUCAUAAGACCCAGUGUCCUCUCCACGGUCACUGCGUUCGCCUUGUAUCUGGGAGGGAUGGCCAUGGGCAUUGGGGUGAUCUAUGCUGCAAUGGAUGAGAUGCGUUCCCGCGAAUCUGCAGCUGAUACGGAUGUGUACGAAGCUGCCAUGACGCCUCUCAUUUUUGCUUUCUUCUUCCGGGUCCCUGGCGUUUGUUUGACAGGCCGCCUCUGGCUCAUUGUUUUGUGCAACGUCGCACUUUCAAUCGUGACGUUGGCAGUGUCGCCGCUUCCAUCGGCGGCGCUCGAACUUAUGAUCAGCCUUUUCACGUUCGCAGUGGCCUUCGUCUUGCAGGUCGCCCUCAUGAAGGCGGUGGAAAGGGAGAUCAACUUCAGCGAGACUGCCACCGACUUCCAAGCGGCCACGGCGCUCCUGCAGCUGACCUGUGACGCAGUGAUUGAGCUGGAUGCGGCCCUCUGCAUGACAGACCACUCUGAUGAGUUGGCUGCCAUCCUGCUCAGAGAUCGGCCCGGUCUUUCCUUGGCUGGGACCAAGUUCGAGAACUUCUUGGCUGACCCGGAAGAGAGGCGAGCAGCACUCCAGCUGCUGCGUCAGCCCAGGGCGGCAAAUGCGUCUGGAAGCAUUUCUGCGCAGGCAUUUCGAACCCGAUUGGUGGACAGCUGCUCCAGCAAGUUCAGCUGCGAAGCUUUUCACGUCAAGUACAAGAAGCCUGACGGCAAGACAUGCCACCUGGUGGGUCUGCGGGAUGUCACCGAUCAAGAGUCCUUGGCAAGGCCAGCAGACGUGCGAGCCGUGAGGCAGCUUGAUCAGCCUUCCGCGUACACGAGUCCGAGUAAAGUCAGCUCCUGCUCGUCGGAAGUUGCGAAGGAGGUUUGUGAGCAAUUGGCAGACGGAGAACCUAAGAGAGUGAUCUGCCUCCAGCUGGACCUCACAGCUUGGGUUGUGGAGUGCGCCUCAAUCCCUGCAGCCAGCUUGGUCGGAAUGCCUCUGGCGGCCCUUUUCCCGAAUACAGGAACUGAGAUCCUGCGUGAAGUGCUCGAGGCCGCCCGCCGGACCGACCCAACAGCUGCACCGAGCCUUUUCAGCUUCGCAGGGGUUGCGGUUCAAUGGGCACCUUGUCAGCUCGACUAUAUCGACGGGACCAUCGAGAUCCUGCAGUCGCAGCUGGGUGCUCCCAAACUUCUACUCCGAUGCACCGGCUCCGUCUCCACCGCCCCAGGCCUCAGCGCUGAGGACAGGUCUCCGUCUUCGUGGGACAGCAAGCUAACGAACAUCCUCCCCGGAAGACCGCAGGCUGCGGAGGAGCUCAGGUGA